GAACCUGGAGGCUUACAGGGAAUACGGUGACUUCCAAGUCAUGCCUUGGCUUUUUGACUUCAUCGAGGGUGAGAUGAGUGGAAGAGCUGCCGCUCACAAAGUGUUAAGCUCCGCCGCAGGUGAUUCUUUUAAGAAUAAUGAGAUUUAUUCCCUUGGUCCUCGUUACAAAAAAAGCCUCCGUUCGCUCUGAUCAGCGCUGACUGGGUUCACGGGAGACGCUGCUGCAUCGGGAGGGUUUGAAAGGCUUCCCUUUGCAGACAACAACAACAUCAUCAACAACUGGCCAGUUGCCAUGGCGACCAGGUGAGGAACACGAGAAGGAGGCGGCGGGCUGCAGGAAACAUCUGAUCCUCCCCGACAGGUCGGAAACUCAAGCAUCCUUCGCAGCGUAUAAGACGCAGGCAGCUGUCAGCCGGGCUCCACAAAGCCUCCUCCAUCUGCUGCUGCUGCUGCUGCUGCUGCUCGGGACCUGGAGCCGGAGAGGAAGCCCAACAGCGGGGACCAACAUGUCGCUCAACUCCAUCCUUUCAGCUGAGGCCAUUGAAAAUGCUGUCAAGGACUGUCAAGCUCCUGACUCAUUCUGCUUCAGGAAGUUCUCCCAGCUGUGUGGCCUGUCCUCAAAGACGCCCCAGGAGAUCCAAGAGGUCUUCCGGAUCCUCGACGAGGACCACAGCGGCUUCAUCGAGGAGUCCGAGCUCAAGUACUUCCUGCUGCGGUUUGUCCCCGGAGCGCGGACACUGACUGAGGCAGAGACCAAGAGCUUCAUAUCAGCCGCUGAUGAUGAUAGUGACGGCAGGAUCGGAGUCCAGGAAUUCCAGAAAAUGGUUCUUUCCUGAGUUUUACAGAUGAUCAGAGCUCAAGUCUUCAGGUCUUCAGUCCUCUCUCCCCAGGAGCCUUCUGAUCCCCGCUUCCAUUCCCUUGUGAUCUUUUUUUCUAUUAAAUGCUAAUUACACAAUGCUCAAUUACAUUUUUUUCAUUUAAACAUUUUAACAAACUUCUUUUAAUGUGUCUUUCCUAUGGCUACUUUUAUGGGGGGUUUUCUGUGAACACCCCACCCACCCUGUGACAUUUAAUAAACAUUAAACACAGA